UAAUGUGUGGAUAAAAGAGUUGGUCGCGAAACGAAACUCGUUUGUUAGAUCGUCGCAUUGUCUUUGACUCACUUGGCUCGUGUGACCGCAUUGUUGUGCUUAUGUAGCGAAUAUACCUAAUAACAUAGCAUGUUUUAGUGAUGUCAAGCGAAUAUCGCAGUACGGUCGCGAGCAAUUGCAGUUUGUUUUGAUACUUCGUUUCUUCGAUAAAAAGCCGAACAAAAAUUUUCGCACCAUGCACAAACACAAUAAUGCAGAUUCGAAGAGCAGGUCAGAACCACAGGUUGAUUUGGAGAAUCAAUUCGUGAUGCGCUUGCCUCCGGAGCCUGCUAAAGUUCUCAGAGAAACUUUACAGAGUGGUUUACCUCUGAAAGACAGACUGAGCGUCAAACUUGAAAACGAUCUGCGAUAUGGAGAAGUUAGGUUUGAUCAUUGGCUACUUCAUGGAAGAGUUGUAGAUUUACCUACGAUCAUUGAAUCCAUGAAAACAAUUGACAACAAGAGUUUCUACAAGACUGCAGAUAUUUGUCAGUUACUAAUUUGCAAAGAGGAAGAUGAUCAAACAACCACAGAUGAAGAGUCACAAGUUAAGCAAAAGAAAAAAGAUCCAACCAAAGUUGAUAAAAAGUUUCUCUGUCCACAUGGUAUAACUCCACCAUUAAAAAAUGUAAGGAAAAAAAGAUUUAGGAAAACGCUGAGAAAGAAAUAUGUGGAAGCACCUGAAAUAGAGAAGGAAGUCAGGCGUUUAUUGAGGAAUGACAACGAGGCUGCAAAUGUCAGAUGGGAAGUAAUAUGCGAAGAUGAAGACCAAACUAAACCAAACAUAGUUUCAUCAAGUGGAACUGUCCAAACUAAGAGAGAGAAUGAUACAUCACAGAGCGUUGACGUUGCGGAGCACGAUAUCUUUGGAGAGGCAGUCAGUGAUAGCGAAGACGAUGACGAAGAUGCUCACAUCAAUGUCAUGGAAUUAGAUGAAAACAGUCAUUUAUCUGUCGACAGCAGAGUUUCUGAUUCAAAUUCAAUGCAGGUUGGCUAUUCUGAGCAAUCCGUAAUUGUGCCGUCAACGAGCAGUGACCCAUUAGUAACGGAAUUCAGCAAAGAAAUGUUCGAGUCGGAAGAAACGGUAGAAGAAGUGAUAGAUACCGAAGAUGUCAAAAUACCAAAGCAGGAGAUGCUGGACGCGUACGAGAUGUCUCAAAGCUACUCCGAGUCUCAAAAUAUCAUGACGAACAAAGAAUUCAUCCAAGUUCGCCGCGAGCAAUUGCAGAGCGAACUGGCCAAACUGCAAGAGCAAAGGCGACAGCAAGAAGACGCCAUCGUGAACAUCGAAAACAUGAAACUGCGGGAACGCUUCCAAGAAAUAAUCGACAACUUCCUGGCGCAAGAAGCGCAAAAAAUGCGAGAGCUGUCCGAGCUCGACUUGGAGGAUACGGCGUAGCGCGUGGAUGGAUAUAAUGAAAUAAAAUCAGAGGUACAAACGUCGGAAAAUUGAAAUUGAUGAUAGACCAACAGAGAGAGAGAGAGAGAGAGAAGCGAGAAAGAGCGAGUAAAUACGCAAGAGGCAAUGAUAAGUGAAAACUCUCGCAAGAGGGCUAAUCAUCCCAUCUAUUAGGCAAUACAGCAAGCUCCACGCAUGAAGGCUCGCAUCAGUUACGAGGAAAAACGCAGGCACGAUGCAUCAGCCUCGGCUGAGCAGCGGAAGCAACGCUCUAUUUUUCGUAUAUCUCCUACAUAUCUGCGGCAUGGGAGCGAGCUCCGCGAGGGAUCCAUCCAGCAGCGGCGAUGCAUGCGCCGAUUCAAUGACUGCAUGCAGCGCGCAGGGGGAACUGCACUUACGCGAUGUGCCCUCCCCCUCUAUCAAUCUCCCCUUCGCGGAUAUAUUGCAAUCGCUAUUUGCGCUACGGACAAAUUGCCAAGGACGAAUAUCGCCGUGCUCCAGCUCUCGCAGUGAAAAAGAGAGAAAAUUAAUGCCGCUGCCGCUCUGCGCUGCUUAUGCAAUGGCGGCACUGCCAUGCCGAGACUGCUAUGUGCUCUCGGCUUGAUAAUGUGUAAUGGUCUUUCGGUGUAAGCCGAAUUUCGAGCAAUAAUAACUACUAUUUUUCAUCGAACACGCA